GACAGCAUUUAAUGUUGAUACUUAAGUCUAUGAUUUAAAAGUCAAUGCCAAGAAAAUUUAUCUUUUAAAAUUUCUCCUGGAUCUCCUUCCAAAAUUUACUGUACUUUAUGAUUUAUGGGAAAUAAGUAUUCAAGAGCUGUCAAUAUAAACGCCAAUUUAAAUAUUUCUGUAACAUAUAAAUAUAUGGAAAUUAUUGAAAGGAUAAAAUAUUUUUACAAAAAUUGUAUUAAUCAACCUUUUAUAGAUAAGGCUUAUAUAUUAAACAUUAAUCCAAUUGAAAUAUUUUCAAUAUGGUCUCAAACGGAUAUUGUUAUAAUGGAAAAAACGAAAUAUUGUAUAACAGCAAAGUUAAAUAUUAGCAAGCAGACUUUUGAACACUCUCACCCCACAGAUAUAACAAAUGAAUUAAUUUUCUCGUUUUCGCCAUCUGGUAAAUAUUAUGCAAAUGUUCACAAAUCAAGCAUUAAUGAUGUCCAAACCUACAUAAUAAAUAUAUGGAAUGAAUAUAAAAAAUUUACAAGCUAUGAUAUGAAGUUGUAUAAUGAUGCUUUAAUUCAUACUAAAAAUAUUUUUGGUUGUUUGAAAUGGAAUUCUGAAGAAAAUAGAAUUUUAUACAUUUCAGAAAAAAAAAUUGUUCCAUAUAAGCCCUUAGUUGAUAUUGAAAAUCAGAUUAUUAAAGAAAAGGAUGUUUUUAAUGAAGAAUAUUUAUACAAAGAAGGUUAUGGAGAAUGCUUAAAUGAUGUAAUUGACCCAACAUUAAAUGUGUUGAAUAUAAAUCUUACAAGUUGUAACAUGGAUAUCGAGGAAAUUAAAAGAAAUUCAUUUCAAAUUAAAAUACCGCAACACUUGGCCCCUGCCUCAGCAUGUUGGCGCCCUAAUAUAGAUGGUCAAAAGUUAGAAACGAUAGUUUUUAUUGGCUAUGAUAAAUUGCCCUUCAAAAGAGGAAUUAUAUUUAUAACCACUAGGAAAAAUAUUUUAUGCAAUGUCACAUUUGAUCCAUCAAACGAGGAAUUAACAACCUUUGUUGAAUUAGACCGAGAGGGCGCCUUUAGAUGUCCCGGAUUUACAGAAAAUGGUAAACUACUGAUUUAUUUCGAGGAUGUAUGUGAAGGCCCUCAUCACACUUCUAGUAGGAUAUGGGUUAUGGAUUGGAACACCAAAUCUAAAAUUUUGAUUAUCGAUUGGUCACCAAAAAUGGAUAAACAUUACCCUAAAAAUUGGCCUCCAGGUUUUAACGGUAUUUACAACUCCGACGACCUGAAUGAACCUGCGAAAAAUCCUGGAUUUAGCUGUUAUCUUAACAAGGAAACUUGUUCUUCCAUUUCUUUGAUACUUUCGUCCACCUGCGGUUUCAAGAAAGCUAUAAUUAUGAUCAAAUGCAAGAAUUUAUGUUUCGAUGGAAUUGGAAAUCCACUCUACGAUCCAAAUAUUCAUACCAAUAUUGAGAUAUUAACUAAAGAAUUCCAAGAGGAUGGCAGCUGGACCUUUCUGGACCGAAAGGACAAUGUCUUACUAGCUUCUUAUUCUAGUCCGAAUACUCCACCCAUUUUGAAAUACGCCAUUAUAGAAUUAGAAUCAACAGGCAGCCAUUUUUUAAAAUGGCGGGAUGUGAUUAGCAAUGACAAUGCUGAAAGCCCUUUUAAAGAUAUCAACUGGCAAGUAAUUGCGCUGGAACGUGAUAUUGACUUAUUUAACAGACAGAAAUUAGAUGAAAAACCUACCCAUUUCGAAUGCAUGUUACUGAUGCGUAAAGAUCAAACGCGUGAUAUAGAAAUCAAAACGCCGAACAUCUCCAACCUUAAAGGGUUGAUCGUUAUGCCACACGGAGGGCCUCAUUCAGGCUUUAUAACAAAUUGGAUGUAUCAAGUGGCUGCCUUCUGUAUGCUCGAUUACGCCGUUUUAUUGAUCAAUUACACAGGCUCAAGCGGAUAUGGAGACUAUGGCAUCUUCAGUUUGUUAGGUCAUAUUGGAACUAAAGAUGUUAUGGAUGUUCAAUUCGCGACUUUCCAUAUCUUAAAAAAAUAUCAUUCCUUGAUUGAUCCAACUAGAAUCCAUGCCUACGGUGGUUCACACGGAGGAUAUGUUGUGUUACAUUUAGCUGCUCAAUUUCCAAAUAUUUACAAAUCGAUUUCCUGCCGAAAUCCCGUGGUUAAUAUUCCAGUUAUGGCAUCGAUAUCGGAUAUUCCAGAAUGGAGCUAUGUCGAAAGUGGCUACGAAUAUCAAAUAAAAUUACCCAAUGUAUCUAAUCAAGAGAAUAUUAAUGAACAAAUGGAUAUCGCAAAACCAAAUGUUGAAAAUAAGUUGCUUUCGCUAUCAAGAAUGUACGAGCUUUCGCCCAUAUCGCAAGUUGACAAGAUAAAAUGUCCAAUUCUAUUCUUGCUGGGAGAACAAGACUUACGUGUUCCUUAUAUUCAGGGUAUUCAAAUGUACAGAGAAUUGAAAAGCAAUGGAAUUAACACCAGAGUUUACCUUUAUCCCGAUGGGCAUAAGCUAGACAAGCCAAAAUCCGAUUUUGAUGCAUUUAUUCGUAGCAUUUUAUGGUUUAAACAAUCAUAAUUAAUUAUAUUAAUAAAUUUUUUUUAAAUUGACAAUACAAAAAAAUUUCAUGUAUUUAAAAAUAA